AUGUUCCUCGCACGAUUCAUUCUUCUGGUCGGACUUACCGCAUCGUUCGUCAAUGCGAUACCCAUGCACUCAUCCUCAAGUACGCUAGAUGUGUCCGUAUCGAGGCGCGCUGGCUCAAGCUACUGGGUGGGUGACAUCAAGCGACAGGGAACCGUUCCAUUCGGCAAGUCCGCCGACUACAAGAUCUUCCGAAAUGUGAAGGAUUUUGGCGCCAAAGGUGAUGGAUCUACCGAUGACACAGCCGCGAUUAACGAGGCCAUCUCGUCCGGUGGUCGGUGUGGAAAAGGCUGCGAUUCGUCGACAAUCACACCUGCCCUUGUCUACUUCCCUCCUGGAACUUAUGUUGUGUCCAAGCCCAUCAUUCAGUACUACUAUACCCAGAUCGUUGGCGAUGCGGUGAACCUGCCCGUCAUCAAAGCCGCCGCCUCCUUUGCCGGCAUGGCUGUCAUCGAUUCCGACCCCUACGAGAAUGACGGUGCCAGCUGGUACACCAACCAGAACAACUUCUUCCGCGCCGUUCGUAAUCUUGUCAUCGAUCUCACUGCAAUGCCUGCCAGUGCCGGUGCCGGUAUUCAUUGGCAGGUCGGUCAGGCUACUAGCUUGCAGAACAUUCGGUUUGAGAUGAUCAAGGGCGGCGGAGCGGCCAACAAACAGCAGGGUGUAUUCAUGGAUAACGGUUCAGGCGGUUUCAUGUCCGAUCUCACUUUCAAUGGCGGCAACUACGGCAUGUUCCUUGGCAAUCAGCAGUUCACAACUCGCAACUUGAUCUUCAAUGGCUGCCAGACGGCGAUCUUCAUGAACUGGAACUGGGCUUGGACGUUCAAGUCGCUGAGCAUCAACGACUGCCAGGUUGGUCUGAACAUGUCAAACUCCCCGUCCAAUCAGACCGUUGGGUCUGUCAUGAUGCUGGACAGCAAGUUCAAGAACACCCCCACUGGAAUUGUCACUGCCUGGACGCAGAAGAGCAUCCCUGUUGGUGGUGGCACUCUCGUUCUGGAUAAUGUGGACUUCUCCGGCUCCAAGGUUGCCGUCGCUGGCUACACGGGAGAUACCAUCCUCGCUGGCGGCACCUUUGUCCAGAGCUGGGCGCAAGGCAAUACCUACUCUCCUUCUACCCCUGUUGCCAAGCGGGCUUUGAGUUCUGGCGCUGGCAGCAAUGAAGGCCAAACUUCGGGCAUCAAUGACAGUCCCAAGGCUGCCACUGGAAGCGACGGUGUAGGUGCCGCCGAAACAGUGACGGUUAUUCAGACUGUGGUCGAGACUGUCACGGCUUGCUCCCAGAGAAUAAGUGCUGGCACUUUGGCUCCUCAGCCCGCUCCAAGCUCCAAGCCCCCAUCUGUUCCUAUUCUGCCCUCAGAUGCUGGGUCAGGUAAUCGUAUCGGCCCCAUUACGUCUAUCCCUGGACCCACGGCCUCCGGUGUGCCUGGCAUCGUCAACAGCUUGCUUUCCCUGCUUACCGGACCUCUCGGGGGAUCGAGCGCCGUCUCUGGCCCUACGAGCCUCCCCGAGACUACCAACCCCGACUUGGAAACGCCAGAGCCUACCCAAGCAUCGUCGCCUGCUCAAAGCCCUGCAGCUGCACCAACUGCUGACGUCUCUAGCGUGAUCCAAUCCCAACCCAGCCCCAUGUCCUCUUCUGAUCCCGCUGCAUCCAGCCAACCUUCCUUCACUAUGGCAGUCCCCGGCGCUAGUCAGCCCGCUGCUACCCCUAGUAGCCCAAGUGGAGGCUCGUCACAUGGAAGUAACUCAGGCUCUUGCAGCAACAAAGACAGCACCCAGGCGCUCGCUGCCGCCCGCACACAGGGCAAUAUGAAGGCCAGCGUCAAACCCGCCGGACUUCUCAGCAACGGAGUUGUCUUUGAACGAUCAAAGCCUCUCUAUGAAACGGUUCCUGCGUCUUCCUUCGUCAGCGUGAAGUCUGCUGGUGCCAAGGGUGAUGGAGUCUCUGAUGAUACUGCUGCGCUUCAGAAAAUUCUCGACAGCGCCACAUCUGAUCAGAUUGUCUACUUUGACCACGGUGCCUACGUGAUCACUUCGACACUGAAGGUGCCCAAGGACAUCAAGAUUACUGGUGAGAUCUGGCCCAUGAUUAUGGCGAACGGUCCGAAAUUCCAAGAUGAAAAUAACCCCGUCCCCGCCGUCCAAAUCGGUCAGAAGGGCGACGUUGGAUCCGUCGAAUUGAGUGAUCUGAUCAUUACCACCAAGGGUGCCGCUCCCGGUGCUAUUCUCAUGGAGUGGAACGUGGCUGCGGCCUCGCAAGGAUCUACUGGCAUGUGGGAUGUUCACGUUCGCAUUGGUGGAGCCGCGGGCACUGGUCUUCAAAGUGACACUUGUCCCAAGACACCCGAGAAGCAAACCACUCCCAAGCCUGAGUGUAUUGCUGCUUUCAUGCUCCUGCAUAUCACCGAGCAAGCCAGCGCAUACAUUGAGAAUGCAUGGAUGUGGACUGCGGAUCACGAGCUCGACCGCACGGAUUUCUCUCAGAUCAACGUGUACACCGGGCGCGGUGUUUUGAUCGAGUCUAAGGGACCAGUCUGGCUUUGGGGUACCGCCUCUGAGCAUCAUCAACUGUACAACUAUCAGGUGACAAAUGCGGCCAAUGUUUUCAUGGGCUUGAUUCAAACGGAGACUCCUUAUUACCAGUCCAACCCAACCGCCCUUGUUCCCUUUACACCCCAGAAGUCCUGGAAUGAUCCAGACUUUUCGACGUGUACGACCGCUUCUUGCAAGAAAUCGUGGGGGCUGCGAGUCGUGAACACGUCCGACUUGUUCGUGUAUGGCGCCGGCUUGUACAGCUUCUUCGACAACUACGCGCAGAGCUGUCUCAACUCCGAAGACUGCCAGGAGAACAUGGUUGAGGUUGACUGUUCCAAAGUCCACAUCUACGGUCUGAACACCAAGGCCUCCGUGAACAUGGUGACCUCGUCGUCGGGCCAGAGCCUUGUUCAACAGAAGCCAAACCGAAGCAACUUUUGCUCCACCAUCGCACUGUUUGAACAGACAGCCUAG